AUGCCUGUCACAUCUGCUCUCGCUGCCAGACUCGCAAAAAGAGGAAUAAAGAUAAACAAAGAAGGUCCUAAAGAAGAGAUCUUCGCAGAAAGCAGAUCUGAGCCUAAAGAAGAAACAGUAAUUGAUGAAUUCGGAGAAAAACUACCAUCAGAGUGGGACAAAGCUUGGGAUAGUAAUUACGAGUGCUGGUAUUAUUGGAAUAAAAAUUCGAGAAAAGUAGCCUGGUUGCCGCCUGGAGAUCCUGAAUGCGAAAUCGUUGAGCCUGCAAAAAGUUUUAAUGCAAUUCCUCACAAAUAUGAAUCUAGCAGUCGAGACCGCGAUACGCGAAGACGAGAUGAUCGAGACGACCGGAACCGCGAUCGAGAUCGCGACCGAGACGAUCGAAAACGACGCCCCGACCGAGAUCGAACUGACAGAGGGCGAAGUCACCGAGACGAUGAUCGAAAAAAGAAGCGUCGCGAGGAAGAGGACGACUUCAACGAUCCAAUGGAUCCAUCCGCUUACUCUGACGCGCCAAAAGGGAAUUGGAAUCGAGGAAUCCCUCGCCCAGGAGAAUCAGUCAGUACUGCCGGUGUUCCUCAGGUCGAACUUUAG